AUGGACCCUGGACAGCCUGCUGGUGCAGACCCCACUGGUGGCCCUGCCGGCCAGGACAUGCUUGGGUUCCUGCCGGCCCUGCAGGCGCUGUGGUCGGCGCGGCAGCCGCAGCAGUUCAAGGAGGAGGCCUGGAGGGGCUUUGCUGCCCUGGACGACCCACACACUGCCCUCCUGGACCUGCUGGAGGCGCGCACGGCCCCGUGGAGGAAGGGCCCCUCCCUGGAGGCCUGGCUUGUGAGGGAGCUGGAGCGCUGGCUGCAGGCACGGCCUCCCCUGGGGCCCUCCCAGGGCGGCCCGGGGCUGGGGCCUCUGCAGGCCCGUGCGGCCAGGCUCCUGGCUGACAGCCCCCCGAGCCUCGUGGAGCCGCUGGUCAGGAUCUUCCAGCUGCAGGACACAGACCGGGGGUCUCUGCUGGCCCUCGUCCACCAGCUGCACCAGGAGGGCAAGUUCAAGGAGGCUGUCAUGCUGGGCACGAAGCUGCGUCUGCAGCCAGAGCUGGACCUGGACAUGGUGAGCGUCCCGCUGCUGCUGCAGGACCAGCUGGGCCUGCUGGAGCGCUAUGUGGAGGGCUUCCCCGGCCUGCAGCGGCGGCUCCUGGCCCUGCUGGACUCCUGGUGCCGGCCCGGCUUCGACGUCGGCGUUGUCGCCAGGCGGUACCCGCAGGCGGCCCCCCAGGCGCUGGAGAAGCUGCGGCCCCGGGUGCUGACGCGGCAGGUGCUGCGCCUGCAGAACCGCUUCGGCCUGGACCCAGCGUCCUGUCCCCACGCUGUAGCCCAGCAGCGCCUGGCUGCCCUGCGGUACCUGUGCUACAAGAGGUUUGUGGAGGGCAGCAUGUCCCAGGAGGACUGGACCGACUUCGUGCGGGGCCUGGUGGGCUCCAGCGAGUGGCUGCAGGGCCGGCUGCUGCGGCUGCUGGCCUCUCGCACUGACGCGGCCACCGUGGCCCGGUGCGCGCUGGACCUGUCGCUGCCCGAGGAGUGGCUGCCGGCCACGGGGGCCACGGAGCUCCGCCGGCUCAGGCUCCAGGGCAGGCCGGCCGAGGCGCCCUCCCAGGACACCACGGGCCGCUACUACCAGCUGCCCAUCGCCAGGAAGGACGUCCACCUCCUGGCCUCGUGGGAGGAGCUGGCCCGGCACGGGGCUGAGCUGCUGCAGCCCGGCCAGGUGGUCGCCCUGGACCUGGAGUGGAGGCCUUCGUUUGGUGCCUGGGACCGGCCUCCGGCGUCCCUCCUGCAGCUGGCCGUGCGGGGCCGCGUGCUCCUGCUGGACCUGCUCACGCUGUCGCAGCCGGGGGGGCAGGCGUCCCGGGCCCUCUCUGGGCUGGUGUCCGGGCUGCUCUCAGACCCGUCCAUCACCAAGCUGGGCUAUGGCAUGGCCGGCGACCUGAAGAGACUGGCAGCCUCCUGCCCUGCCCUGGCCCUCGCGCCCCAGCAGCUGCAGGGCGGCCUGGACCUGCAGCUGGUGCACGGGCAGAUCCGGGAGGCCGACGGGCCUGCGCCGGGCAAGGACCGGGCCCCGGAGCCGCGGGGCCUCAGCCUCCUGGUGCAGCAGGUGCUGGGCAGGCCCCUGGACAAGGCGCAGCAGCUCUCCAACUGGGACCGGCGGCCCCUGGCCGAGGGGCAGCUGCUGUAUGCGGCUGCCGACGCCUACUGCCUGCUGGAGGUGUACUGGGCGCUGUGCAGCGAGCCCGCCCGCGUCCACCUGGUGGGGGACCUGGCCCGGAGCCCGGAGCCGCCCGGCCCGCAGGAGGCCGCCGCCCCGCCCCAGCAGGUGCUGGAGGCGGAGGCGGGGGCGCAGGCCCCGGAGAUCCCGGUCCGGGCCUUCCGUGUGGUGUGUGACAGCAUGCUGCAGGGGCUGGCACGCAGCCUGCGCCUCCUGGGCGCCGACGUGCUGGCGCUGGGCAGCGGCGAGGACCACCGCCGGGCGGCCGAGGUGGCCCGGCAGGAGGGCAGGAUCAUCCUGACAUCAGGGCUGCCGUACCACACGCUCCGGUCCCAGGUCGGGGAUGGGCGCUGUCUCCGGGUGGACUGCAGCCUCAAGGCCGCGCAGCAGGCCAAGGCCGUGCUCCGGCGCUUCAACGUGCGCGUCAGCCCCUCCGACAUCUUCAGCCGCUGCCAGGCCUGUAACUGCGACCAGUACCUGAAGGUCUCCAAGGGCCUGAUGACACAGCUCGUGGGGCUCAGCGGCCAGGAGGACCCCAGCAGCGCGGGUGACCAGGCCCAGAGCCAGGACACACAGGAGCCAGGCUCCGCCCCCGGGGAGACGCCGGGCCUCACCUACGACCCUCCCUGCCGCUGGCUGGAGGCGGCCGAGCUGCAGGCCAGCGCCCCGGCCACGCUGGGCAACGGCACGCGGCUGCAGCUGGCGGGGGUGCCGGCGGGCGUGCUGCGGCGGCCCGGCCUGCGCCACUUCUUCUGCUGCUCCGGCUGCGGCAAGGUCUUCUGGGAGGGCUCCCACCUGGGCCGCAUGGCCUCGCAGUUCCAGGACGUCCUGGCCCGGCCCCCCGGCCCCCCGCAGCCUGGCCCUCCGGCGCCCGGCCCCCCUGAGGGCGCCCGGCCCGACCGACAAUAA